UGGAGGGAUACCCUGAAACCAGCCUGGCUCAGACUUCGCACCCUCAUAUUCAGUGACAUCUCAACUUCUGUCCUGCAAUGGGCUCAUGGCUUUGGGACUCCAGUCUGGACACAAGGAUGGGGGCAGCAUGUUUUCUGCUGGUCAGCGGCUUUCUCAGCCUACAUCUUCCUCCUUCUGGUUGCCAACAGAGCUCAGGCCCAGUAAAUCCUUUCCCGGUGCCAAUGCCAGGUGCAGUGGGUCUUGGGGGGCAAGGAGGAGAGCUGCUUCCACACUUCCUCCUGGAACCAGAAGAUGUCUUCAUUGUAAAGAACAAGCCAGUGACCUUGAGCUGUAAAGCCACGCCGGCCACGCAGAUCUACUUUAAGUGCAAUGGAGAGUGGGUACCUCAGACUGACCACGUGAUCAAACCGAAUGCUGACCUUAGCACGGGUCUACCUAUUAUGGAAGUGAGGAUAGACAUCUCACGGCAGCAAGUAGAGAAGAUCUUUGGUUUGGAGGAAUAUUGGUGCCAUUGUGUGGCCUGGAGCUCCUCUGGUACCUCCAAAAGUCAGAAGGCAUUUAUUCGUAUUGCAUACCUCAGGAAGAAUUUUGAGCAAGAGCCAGCGUCCAGAGAAGUGUCAUUGAAUCAAGAGGUGAUGCUGUUGUGUCAACCACCUGAGGGAAUUCCUCCUGCAGAGGUGGAAUGGCUAAAGAAUGAAGAUAUAUUGGACCCCGAAGUUGACUCCAACCUCUACGUUGGUUCAGACCACAGCCUUAUCCUGAGACAGGCUCGGCUAGCUGACACUGGGAAUUACACUUGUGUGGCCAAAAAUAUAGUAGCCCGACGGAGAAGUAACUCAGCAGCCAUUACAGUAUUUGUAAAUGGAGGGUGGUCAUCCUGGACUGACUGGUCACCCUGUAGCACGACAUGCGGAAGGGGUUGGCAAAAAAGGAGUCGAAGUUGCACCAACCCCACACCCUUGAAUGGUGGUGCCUUUUGUGAGGGGCAGAACCUCCAGAAAACAGCAUGCACAACACUUUGCCCAGUGAGUGGCGGAUGGGCUGAGUGGAGCUACUGGUCUGCGUGUUCCUCAGACUGCACCCACUGGAGAAGUAGGGAGUGUACCCAACCAUCCCCACGGAAUGGGGGUCAGCAGUGCCCAGGACAUGACAAUGAAACCCAAAACUGCACCAGUGAGCUCUGCAUGCACACUGUAACCAUGCCUUUGAACAUUAUAAAGUCAAAUGUAGCUGUGGGUGCCCCUGAAGACGUGGCAAUGUAUGUGGGCGUGGUGGCAGUGGCCGUGUUCCUAGUCCUGCUACUGGCGGUGAUACUGGUGUGUUGGCGCAGGAAGGAAGGUCUGGAUGCAGAUGUGGCCGAUUCAUCCAUUCUUACCGCUGCAUUUCAGCCUGUCAGUCUCAAGCCUGGUAAAGUAGGCCAGGCUCAUUUAUUGACCAUUCAGCCUGAUCUUAGUACAGCCACCAUGACCUAUCAGGGAUCCCUGUGCCUUCGACAAGAUGGUGGAAAUAAGUUUCAACUAACCAAUGGACACCUUCUGCCCCCAAUGGGUCCUGGUAUACCAAGGGAGCAUAGCCACACCUUACCACGCCUCUCCACUCAGAGCUACUUCCGUACAUUGCCACGCGGAGCCAGCAAUAUGGCGUAUGGCACCUUCAAUUUUCUAGGGGGGCGUCUGAGGAUCCCUAAUACAGGUCUCAGCCUACUUAUUCCUCCAGAUGCAAUUCCCCGGGGAAAAAUCUAUGAAAUCUACCUGACCCUACACAAACAAGAGGAUGUGAGGUUACCUCUAGCUGGAUGUCAGACGCUCUUGGGUCCCAUCAUCAGCUGUGGCCCCCCCGGAGUCCUGCUUACCCAGCCUGUCGUCUUGGCAAUGGACCACUGUGUGGAAGCCGGCCCUGAGAACUGGACUGUGCGCCUAAAGAAGCAGUCCUGCGAAGGCAGCUGGGAGGAUGUCUUGCAGCUUGACGGGGGAAGUCCAUCCCAUCUCUAUUACUGUCACAUGGAAUCCCGCAGCUGUUACCUAUUCACUGAGCAACUGGGGCGCUUUGCUCUGGUGGGAGAGUCCCUCAACAUGUCAGCCACAAAGCGCCUGAAACUACUGCUCUUUGCUCCAGGCUCCUGCUCUACUUUGGAGUACAGCCUGCGUGUCUACUGCAUUACAGACACACAAGAUGCCAUAAAGGAAGUGAUACAGCUUGAGAAACAGCAGGGAGGACAAUUGAUGGAUGAACCCCGGCUUUUGCAUUUUAAAGACAGCUAUCACAACUUGCGUCUCUCUGUGCAUGACAUGAAUAGCACCAUGUGGAAGAGCAAGCUCCUGGCCAGCUACCAGGAAAUCCCAUUCUACCAUAUCUGGAACGGAGUCCAUCAAAACCUUCACUGCACCUUCACAUUGGAGCGCUUCAGCCUCAGCACUUGUGAACUCUCCUGCAGGGUCUGGGUGUGGCAGGUGGAAGGAGAUGGCCAGAGCUUUAAUAUUAACAUCAAUCUUAACAAGGAAAUUCGUCCAUCACCAGUGCUGCUGGAGGAAAGAGAAAAGGAAGGAGUUGCCCUGGUGGGCCCUAGCGCCUUCAAGAUUCCGUUCCUAAUGAGACAGAAAAUCAUAACCAGCCUUGACGAGCCAUCAUCUCAUGGAGCAGACUGGAGGAUACUAGCCCAGAAACUUAAUGUGGACAGCCAUCAAGGUUUCUUAAUCUCUAAAUCAAGUCCAACGGCAGUACUCCUGAAUUUCUGGGAGGCGCAGAACUUCCCAACUGGAAACCUGGCACGGCUUGCCGCAUUGGUGGCAGAAAUUGGCAAGCAAGACUCAUUGAUGUACAUGAUGUCAGAGGCAGAAUGCUAAAGAUGUAUCUGCAAUCUACGUUCUUUUUUUCCAGCUUGUCCUAUAUCCAGGCUUUGCUUGGUAAGGGCCACUAACCCUAUUUCUAUGGAGAAGCUUAGGUCUGUGGAUGUUACUCACCAGUAGCCCCCCGUCCCCACGGUAAACGUGAGGUAGAGGGCUUUUACCACAAUGUGCUCAUAUCUUGCCUGCUAUGGUUUUGAAUCCUCUAACAAGGACAAAGAUCAAAUUCUUUUAUGUAGAGCAGUAUCUUCAAAAAAAUAAGACCCUACCUGCAAAUAUAAUGGGAUUCUUACAGCUCUCAACCACAAUUUAAGUUUAAAGUACAUCUUGGACGCCAAGGGUGGGGAUCUUGCUUUUACUUUAUAACCUAAAAAACAAAUGUAAGAUUGUGCUACACUAUUUUGUUGGCCCUUCCAAAGAACGAGAUGACCUCGUCUUACAUUACCAUGCACACUUCAGUGACUAAUGUGUUGUGCAAUGAACACAGUGCAACUGUGGAGGGAAGGUAACCCAACACCAGAUACCACAAACCUUUCUCCCCAGAUCAAGUGUCUUGUAUUGCUACCUUGUCCCGUGAAGGUGCGGCGGUGACACCCCGUGUUUUGUUGUUAAGUUGUAACCAACACCCAUUCCCAGGUAAGUGGUGAAAGGUACAAAUAUAGAUUGUAAUUGAAGGAAUCUCACAGAAAAAAAACCACACACACACAGGCAUUCCCUAUACAAUAGCCAUAAUAACAGGUAAAAUAAAGUGUUCACAACCGGCCCUUUCACCCCUGAAGCCAGCUGUAUAUGCAAAACAAGACCACUCCCAGCUCCAGGAGUGCGUGAACGAGCGUGUGCGUGACUGUGAAAGUGUGCGCACAAGUGUUUUCUUAAUUUAAGAUUCUAAGAGAAAGUCAUUUGAACAAUAAAAUGUGUAAUGAUCAGUGUUUUUUUCUACAUUCUGUAUUAAAGUGCAUUCAAGUAUUUACACUUGGCCUUAUGUAUAUAUUUUGUUCAUUCCGCUGAAUUAAGGUGUAUAGUACUUUUAGGUGACUUGAAUGUAAAUAAAUGAUAUAUAUAUUGCUAAAA